UAUGGAAGGGACUAUUUGUUUCUCUUAUAGUCAUAGUCUGACCAUGAUGAUUAAACAUUGCUUUCUAAGCUUCCUUAUCAAAUUCCUUUGGAUUUAUGGAGGAGGAAGCCGUCCAGUACAGGAAUCUCUGAGGCCCUUGAGGGUUGAGUUUCAGUCAUUUAAUCUCCAGAAUAUUUUACAAUGGCAUCCUGGAAGCGCUUUCACCCCCAAUAACACAGUCUAUUUCGUGCAGUAUAAAAUAUAUGGAGAGAAACAGUGGAAUAUCAAAGAAGAAUGCUGGGGCAUUCAUGAACUCUUUUGUGACCUGACAAAUGAAAUGUCAGAUGUACAAGAACCUUAUUAUGGAAGAGUGAAAGCGGUCUCUGCUGGCAUCCAUACAAAUUGGAGCAAGACAGAGAGAUUUAACCCAUGGUGGGAAACAAAAAUAGGACCUCCAUCUAUCAAUGUGAUACAAAGCAAUAAAUCAAUGCAGUUGACACUCUAUGCUCCAAGUUCACCAUAUAAAAGUAAAAAAGGAAGAAACAUAUCAAUACAAAAUUAUUAUGAGCUGGUAUACCGAGUGUUUGUAGCUAAUAAUUCCCAAGACAAGAAGCAAAAAGUUUAUGAAGGCACCAAUCACAAAGUUGAAAUGGAUAUGAUAUCUGGUUCCAACAACUGUUUAGUUGCAGAAAUAUAUUUGCCUGAACUAGACCGAAGCAGUGAGAGCACUGAAAUCUGUAUCUUCAUGACUCAGAGAAAUGAUACAGAAGAUGGUCCUCUCAGAAAGGCCAACAGCACAUAAAUUGAUGGAAUGUGGUAUUCCUAAAAAUUGUUCAGAUUUAAAGAUGGUGGUUACAAAAGCCUGGAAGAAAUAAUCAAGCAAAAUGCAAAAAUAUAACUUGUCUGUCCUUAUAAAUGUUUCUCUUAAUUGCUAAAAAAUAUAGGAAUGAAAAUAUGAAAGAAACAGUUGUUUGUCAUUAUCCUGAAAAAUCUUUUUAAUAGCUCUUGUCUUCAAAAUGUUGUCAUGUUUUCAAAAAAAAGGGGUGAAAGGAGCUCUUUGUGCAAAAAAUUAUAGCAGUCUUUUUGUGGUAGUUAAGAACUGGAACUGAAACUAUAAUAUAUAAUUGAUGGGAUAUUAUUGUGUUAUAAGAAAUGACAAGCAGACUUCAGAAAAACCUGGAAAGAAUUACAUGAAUUGAUGCAAAAUGAACUUUGC